AUAUUUAUUUCAAUAUUCUGAUCCACACCAGCUGGAGGCGCCAAUGCAAUCGUUGUUUGCCAACCGCCAAUAAACCACCCAGAAGAAGAAGAUCAACUAGGAGCAGCAAGUGCAGAUAGCUUUAAGCCAACGCUAGCUAUCAAAACAUUAUUAACCCCAAUUUGGGGCCGUUGUCUUGCUAAGUUGUUUAAGUCAGGCUUCACUGGCCAAACAUGCAGAAAUACGAAAAGCUUGAAAAAAUCGGAGAGGGUACGUAUGGGACAGUUUUCAAGGCUAAAAACAGAGAAACCCACGAAAUUGUGGCUUUGAAAAGGGUCAGGCUGGACGACGACGACGAGGGGGUGCCAAGUUCUGCUCUGAGAGAAAUAUGUCUUCUGAAGGAACUAAAGCAUAAAAACAUUGUCAGACUACAUGAUGUUUUGCACAGUGACAAGAAGUUAACCUUGGUUUUUGAAUAUUGUGAUCAGGAUUUGAAGAAGUAUUUUGACAGCUGCAAUGGGGAUCUAGAUCCGGAAACUGUGAAGUCAUUCAUGUACCAGCUGUUGAAAGGCCUCGCUUUCUGUCACAGUCGAAAUGUUCUUCAUAGAGAUCUGAAGCCGCAGAAUCUCCUCAUUAACAGAAAUGGGGAGUUGAAGCUGGCUGAUUUUGGGUUGGCUCGAGCCUUUGGCAUACCUGUGAGGUGUUACUCAGCAGAGGUGGUGACUUUGUGGUACCGGCCUCCAGAUGUGCUGUUUGGUGCAAAACUUUAUUCUACUUCAAUUGACAUGUGGUCUGCAGGAUGCAUAUUUGCAGAGCUGGCUAAUGCUGGACGGCCUUUAUUCCCCGGGAACGAUGUGGACGACCAGUUGAAAAGAAUCUUCAGAUUGUUGGGUACACCGACUGAAGAACAGUGGCAGACAAUGACGAAACUCCCAGAUUACAAGCCGUAUCCAAUGUACCCAGCCACCACCUCACUGGUGAAUGUGGUUCCCAAACUAAGUAGCACAGGACGGGAUCUACUCCAGAACCUGUUGAAAUGUAAUCCUGUCCAGAGGAUCUCAGCAGAAGAGGCCUUGCAGCACCCUUACUUUGCUGAUUUCUGCCCACCCUAAAUGCUAAAUCCUCUUGCUGAACCCCAGCCGCCUUCACUCUCAUUAGGACCAGUCCCAACAAGGCAAAUCCCUCACCUGUUUUCAAACACUCUUGCGUUUUAUUCGGUUGUGCCUCAGUGUGGAACAAAGUCAGAGGCUCUGCAAGGUUUUAGGUUCUUUUAAACUGCAAGCCUGUUUAAUUUGGUACAUAUACGCCUCCCAGUUAACCAGCACUAAUGUGGGAGGGGGCAUUAUGAGUUGCAUUGAAUACAUUUUUAUACAUGUGGAAACAUUUGUAAACAAGACUUACAGUUAGUUUCUUCCAUUAAAAGAAGUCUUAACAUUGGUGGAGACUGUUUGUUUGGAUGCCAAUACCUAUUUUGAUAUUUGAAAGUUUGACAAAUGGAGAUAAAUUGGCCACCAGCACAAAGCAGAGACACAAAGGUUUGAUGAGAUUCACUCAAAUUUAAUGAUCAAAGAAUUGAGAUAUGUGUGGACAGACUAGUGAAUGGUGACUAUUUAUGGAUUAUCUGAAACAUUUGGCAUUUUUGUACUGCAGGUUGUUCCUUAUUAGCCACAAUAUAUUCUAGAUCUGGUGCUGGUACUGACACGUCUGUGAUAAGUUAAUAUCUGCUGAUGGCUGGCUCUAGUGAUUCCCAGGCAGCUUAAGGCUACAAUGUUUUGAUCUUAAUUGCUUGAUCUUAGAUUCAAAAGCAAGCAAUUUAUUAAACUAUAGGCUUAAGUUGAUGUUACUUUAUUUUUAGGAUUGUAUGUUAUUUUUGUAACACUUUAUUUUACAAGUCUGUAAUUUGUAGAACUACUGUAUGUGAUUUGGUACUAAUUUCUAUCUUUAAAAUAAUUAAACCAGAGUAAAUAUUUAUGAUUCUCUUAUUAUGGAUUUGCAUUGACUAAAUGAUUCGAGGUUACACUAGCAAUUAAUUGGAAAUGUACACUGUCUAUUUUCCCUAUAAUUAGUACCGAAUUACACUUCUUUCCAAGAGAAUAUUAUGCAAUUUAAGAUCUAUAAAAUACAGUUAUAUUGGUAUUUUCGACCAGAACAGAAUACAGACUUGUCAUUCUAAUGUUUCACAUACAAUUAGUCCCUUUGUCCCACUACCUAUUACAAGUAUGUAUAAGAGCAUGGGAAGGUUAUUUAUGAUUUUCUCUUUUUCUCAGGCUUGUUAUUUCCCCUCUUGUAUUCGUCAUUUGUGCACUUUGUUUUUAAUAUUAAGUAUGUUGAACACUGUCAGCCAGGAUUAUAGCCAGUCAUCAAUAAAUGGGCCUAUAUAUGAAUAGUGGACCAUUAGUGACACUUUUUUAUUUUUACAUCAUCUUUAUCAUUAUACAAUAGUAAUGCUUUUAGCUUUCCUGAAAUUAUUUUGUAAUUGUUGAAUAAGAGAUGAAAGUAUUCAGGCAUUGAUAAUCUGAAUUUUCAUAUGAUUGUUUUGCACCAUUAGUUGUUUCCAUUCUGGUAACCUAAUUAUAUUAACAUGGUUAACAGCUUGCAGUGUUAUUUCACUCCGGCGUGUUACGGCGCUACUUAUCCCACAAAGGCUACAUAAUGAGUUGUUUGAAGUAGCUGUGUUAAUAGCUAAAUGUAUUAUUUUCAUUUUGCUGAUGUAAGACAACAUAAUGGAUGCAUGUAUUUAUUUAUGGUGGAAUGUCUGCUCAUUUGUUUUUCAUUUGUUUAAAUGUAUCACAACCUUAUUUGGUACAGAAAUUUUCUUUUUAAAUGAUAUGUUACUCAAAUCUAUAGUGUUUAGCCGACUCUUUUUAGGAUUUGAAAUGUUUGAAGGGUGUGCGUGUGUCUAAGUUGUAAUGAAAAGAAACAAAAGCAUUUGCUCUCAGUAUUUCAUUAUCUCGUAAUGACUGGACAUUUAAGACAAACUGCUGUACAGUUACUUCAUACAGCUUACAUUUUAAUUUUGGUUGAAAAGUAGAUUUUGCACUUUGCUUUGGUUGGUCAAAUUCGGGACAGAUGUCACUGAUUCUUCUUGUGUAUAUUUCAGCCAAUACGACUCAAUAUUUUGUAAAGUGGACAAAAAUACAUGUUUGCUUUUGAAAUUGGAAGUUCGUUCCUGACCUUGGAACCAGUACUUGACUAAACUGUCUCACCAGAAGGUCCAUCCAUUUAAGUAGCUGUAGUGGAGCUUUCGAUCAUUUCCAUGACAACAGAGCAAACUCUGCUGAGGAAGAUGGUGUGAAAUGGUUGAAAACUCCACAACAGCUACUAUAUACACCUUGUAGUGAGAUUUAAGUUUUUUUUUUUCACUUUGAUUUCUUUGAAAAAUAUUUACACAGCUUGCAUAUUCACAAGUCACCUGGACUUUUUUGCAUUUAGGAAACAUCUGUUGUAAAUAGUAAAAA